CAAUGAGAGAAGGUUGGAAUUUCCUGCUUGGCUAUCCGGAAAAUAAAAAGAAAAGAAGGUUAAGAUUCUGGGAAAAUUAAAACAAAAACCCUAGGUUUUGAAAAGAAAUGGAGGGAUGAGCAAAAACACACCAAUCAUCGACGUCAGUAACGACGACAACAACAUCAUCAUCGACAUGGCUAGAACAGAGAAAAGAGAUAACGAUACCUGGACGACUUGGGAGGAGCUGUUGCUAGCAUGCGCGGUGAAGCGGCACGGCUUCCAGAACUGGGACUCAGUUGCCAUGGAAAUACAGACUCGAAGCUCUAUUCCUCACCUUUUGACGACCGCUCAGAACUGUCAGCAGAAAUAUCACGACCUCAAACGUAGAUUCACGGCCACGGCCAAAGACAACGACGCCGAGACCCAAAGCCAAAACCAAGUCCGCGACGAAACCGAUACGAUUCCAUGGUUAGAAGAGUUGAGGAAGCUCCGAGUUGCAGAGCUUAGAAACGAGGUCCAUCGUUCUGAUGUUUCGAUCCUUUCGUUGCAGUUGAAGGUGAAGAGAUUAGAAGAGGAGCGGGAGCAGUCCACGAAGGAGAAUGACAACGACGUCGUAAAACCAGAUCUGGACGAUGAGGUAAAGGAGGAGAGAUCUAAAGACGAAGUAAAGGAAGGAGACGAAGUGCCGGAAAAAUCCUCUCCCGAAGGAGACGCCGGAAAGUUGAUCUCCGGCGAGGAAUCCGACCGGGAAAACCGGUCGGUCAACGAGUCGAACUCGACCGGAGUGAAGGGCGAGAAUAUAGAAACCGCUGUGGAAGAGGCAGCGAGAGAACCGGAACCAACAGAGCCCGGUUCGACAAAACCGGAUCCUGUUUCCAGCGAUUCGAAACCGGUCGGAGAAGACUCGUACAAUGGAAGCUCCGAGCCGAACCGGGCCAAAAAAGCCGAUGAUUCGUCCGAGUUAAGAGAAUCGGCGGCUCACUCAAAGGACGGGACAAAGGAGAGCAGCGACGUGCAAAGCUCAGCCAGCCUUACGAGACAGAGGAAGCGUCGCCGCAAAAAGGAAAUCUCCGGCAGUAGCUCCGGCGAUGAGCCGGAGACCGAAGCGGUAUCUCCGGCGACCAAGCGGAUCUGCGUGAAAUCACAGCCAUUGGUUAGCUUUUUGGAGAUUAUCCGGUCGCACAAACACAGCUCCUUGUUCGAGCGCCGGCUCGAAACCCAGGAGACGGAGGUAUACAAAAGCAUUGUUAGGCAGCACGUGGACCUCGAGUCCAUACAGACCAAGCUGGACGAUGGCACUUACUCCUCUUCCCCACGAGCGUUUUACAGAGACCUCCUCCUCCUUUUCACUAACGCCAUUGUCUUUUUUCCCAAGGCUUCGGCGGAGGCCCUGGCUGCCGGAGAACUGCGGGCAAUGGUCUUGAAUGAAGUUCGCAAGCAGCAACCCCCGGCGCCGGAACAUCUCCUACUGCCCCAACCCAAACCGGAGCUUGAAAGAUCGGAUUCCUUGCUUGCGAAGCAAAAGUCGUCCGCUCCCAUUAUUGUCUGCCGCAAACGGAGCUCUAUCUCGGCCAAGGCUUCCAGUUUUGGGGUGAAGGCGGGGGAGUCCAGGAGUGAAGAGAAACCAGCUGUGGAUCUCAAACCGUCGGUGAGGGAAGAGCAGAGUUUGGUGAAAGCCGGCACGAAGGAGAAGUCGACGACUGGUGUGAGAAGCUUGAGGAGAGGCGGGAAGAACCGGUCGGGUAAUCUCAAUAAGAAUCAAAGCACAAGCACCAAUCAUGGGUCGUCGGAUAAAGGAGAGACGCCCAAAGCAGAAAAAAAGAAAGCUGAUGCCUCUGCUUCCGCCAAAAAACGGGGUGCGGCGGACUUCUUGAAGAGGAUUAAGAAGAACUCGCCCAUGGACAUGGGGAAGAGUACGGUGAAUGACACGAGGAGUGGCAGAGGAGGGGGAGGUGGGGAGGAAAAGAGGAAGCGGAAUGAGAAGGGAGAUGGGAGGAGAGACAGAGUGUUGAGGCAGAGUGGGGGAGGGAAGCAAGGCAAGGACGAGAGCAGCCCAUCAAAGCGGAGCGUAGGGCGGCCGCCAAAGAAAGCGGCCGCAGACACAGGGAAGCGAGGGAGGGAGAGUGGCGGCGAGAAGGAAGCGGCGCCAGCAGCAUCAUCAUCAAAGAGGGCAAGGAAGCAGGCCAGGAGGUGAUGACUGGAUGUAAUUUUCAUUGUGAAUUACAUGUAGUGUUCAUGUUUGUGGUGAUGAUCAUUUGGUCUCUGUAACAAAUUUAUUUUAAUUUAUUUCACCAUUUCAUAGAA